CUUGGGUCUCCAGCUCUCCGUUCUUUCUUUAAUUCUCGAGUUGACCUCGUGGCUCUUUCUUUCCUUUGCUCAUUCAAGCCAUAUCGGAAAACGUCUUGCUGCUGGACAGCACACACCUCGUCCUUUCUUUCAACCUCGUUGUUCCUACUCCAGAGUACAAAAGCAUAUCUUUGCAGGGGCUCGUACCUACGAGGGGACAUUUACAUAAUUUGCAUACUAGACUGACAUAAAGUACCGGCGCCCUGGAGCUGCAGCCUCACAUCCCACUCCCAAACAUAUCAUGAUGGCCGCCCUGAAAGAAUCCUUGGCCGGGCCAGGAUUCGUAAUUCUUAAUGCGAUCCGAGUCAUCAACAUCAUUGUCUUUCUGGACCUCAUUGCUGCCAGCGUCGUCAUGCUCAUCAAGAUCUCGCUGUUGACCAGCUUUUUCUUUUUCGAGGCCGUCUCUCACGUCGUAGCUGUGGGAGUUAGCAUAUUUCUCAUCGUUUCCGAGCUCCCGGUUUACCGUGGGUAUUUUGACAAGAACUGGCCGUUACUGGGGCAGGACUCUGGGUUCAUCACCUUGGCGGUCCCCAUGCUGAUGCUGGGUGUCGGUGUCUUGGGAGACCUGAACACGAAGGCCACUAGCCAGGACGCUCUUGGGCUGGCAUUCUGGAGAAUCGUGCUCUCGGCUGGCAUUCUAGCCAUGAUCAUGAGCGUGGUCAAUGUUGCUGCAAGCUUUGUUUUUGCCGAUAGUGAUCUUGGUGUCAGUGCACGACAUGUGCGGGUCUAUGGAGCUGUCGCGCCUCAGAAAGUGAUGACUCGAAGUAGCAGUCAACGCACAUUCCAGCUCAGCGUGAAGAAGGAAGAGACUCUGCCCACGUAUAGCCCACAGGGCACUCUGAGGAGGCAGAUGUCUAUGCGACAGAAUACCCGAUUCCCCCUGAAGAUCUCUUCGCCUGUAGACCCGAUCAACCUCAACGAUGCAGCGUCGUCGAAGUACUCAAGAGACUCGGCAGGGGUGACGAUUCCCGAUAUUUCUCAUCACCCGGCAAUGCACGCAGCGCAGCCAGACAACCCACCCACCACCACUAACCUCCCCGCUCUCACCCGCUAUAGCCUCAAAUCCCUCUUCAUCUUCUUUGCGCCCAUCAUCAUCCCGCGGGCAAUCAACUACUACCGCACCUUCCGAGUAUCCCUCGCCACGCGGCCAGCACCGCGCCCUCUCCCCCAAGAUGCCACGCGCGCCCUGAACGUCUUCUUCUUCACCAUCACCCUAUGCCUGUGCCUCAGCCUCCCCUUCAACCCGCACGCGCCACACCAAAGCAUCUUCACCCUCACGCAUUCACGCCUCAGCACCUCCACCGACACCAUCUUCGCCCGUCUCGCCCGCCUGCGCCCAAACGAGACCCUCACUCCCGCAGACACCCUCCUGAAAUCCCACUUCUCCGCCGCCGCCGCCCGCUCCCUCUACCUGCGCUUCGGCCCCGACGCAAUCACAAAUUGCCUCUUCUGCUCCCUCGAUAGUCCCAGCAGUUAUGCGUUCUACUACAUCCCCUUCCACGUCCUCGUCCCCCAUCUCCUGCACCUGGCUGUCAUCGGCCUCGUCACCUCCGCCGCCUUCGCCGGCCUCGACGCCAGUAAAUGGCGCUCCGUCUUCACCAUGGCUGCCAUCGGCUUCGCCCUCGUUGACGCCUACGUCAUGCUGACCUAUGAGCCUCUCAAGUUCGCAUCCGCGGCUGUCCGCGCUGGCGUCGCUGUGCCGCCGAGCUCGUAUUACCAAAUUGGAAUGCUGCGGCCCCUGGCGUUCGCUGUCUUUGAUGGCCUCUGUGCGCUUCUCGUCUACCUCUCCGCUACGCGUCGGUAUUUCUUCUCCCCGCCGUCGAGGGCCGAGCAGGUCGAUCAGCUCGUCUCGAAUUCGCUGUCGGCGCUUGCCGGGACCACCUCCAAGCUGCAUGCGGUGAGCGUGGCGCGUAAUGCCGUGGUCAGGGAUAAGGUCCUCAAGGACCGUGACGAUGCGUACUGGCGCACUGUGGUGGCGAUGAAUAUUGAUAACCCUGCGUUCAAGGGGGGUAAUGGAGGCGUGGCGGGUGAUGGGAAUGGAAAUGGGAUGGCCCCGCCUACCUCCAUCUGGGAAGAAGAGGAAGUCAUUCGCGCCAUGUCCCGUGCCAUGGCCGGCCAGGGCGGCAUGGAUCUGGCCAAAUUGGGUGUGGAUGCGGCCGAGUAUGUCAACGGUAUUACUGCCGGCUUGGAGGGUAACCAAUAA